AUGUCCACCAACGACGCUGGCAUGGCGUCUUUCGCCGAAAUCAUGCGUCAUCAUGGCGAGCUUAUGGUGAACCCGCUUCUGUGGACCUCUCGCCAUCUGGAAAUAAUGGGGGCUCGGUUUCAGCACCUGGAGAAUGCCUCCCAGGUGGAGCAACCGCGGGAUGACGAACGGCCCUCGGAGGGUCUGGCCGACAGAGAGUACUUCGCCCGGGUGGUUGCCUGGAGCCUCGACCGGCGGGAGAAAUACUUUCCACACGUUGCUAACAUCGUCCGCGAGCAUAGCAAAGGGCCCGAGUUUAUGUUCGCGGGUCGGCCUGUUCAUCGACCAGUUUACACCGUCUUUCGUCGCAGAGAUCAGCCCGACCGACCUGUCUCUCAAGAGUCACUAGCCCUGAUUGGCUAUGUGAAUUACACAAACGUCAGUGGUCCUCGCUGGCAUAAAUGUUACCCUCGCCCGCGGAAAGAUGGACGCGAUAACUCCCCGGUUCAAAAAAAGCUGGAUCGUGUUACUCCAGAAGAAAGGACAGAGGAUCCCUACUUUAUCUGCAUUUUACUAUCACUCACCCAGUUGCAAGAGAGGCUUUUGGAGUCCCAAAAGCGAGAAAAUCAUCUGUCCCGCCUUCUUGUGGCAUUCCCUUUCGAUCCAGAGUAUAUCCAUAUUUAUGAGGCUCGAAUCACGUCCGACUUCUUACGGGCACUUGAAACCCCCACGACAGCCAUGAAAGAAGCGAAAUUCCCUACCAUCGAACACAGGAAGAUCCCAUUCAGGCCCUACAAGACCUUCCAGGAACGAAUCUUGGUGGAAUUGUCGAUCAACAAUUUUUCUCUCGCUUCGGAUGUUCCAAACGGUACUUUGUCGAACGUAACCAAUCCACAUCUCAAACGACCAUACGAGCAAGCAGAUGAUGAAAGAUGCAAGCGGGGUCGAGUUUCAUGACGGCUGGUUUGUGCUUACAACCCUA